AAAAUUUGCCAUUCCUUGUUGAACCUCGAAGCUCUAAAGAUGGGUUCGAAGCGAAAUCGUUUGAAGCACCUGGCGUUGCAGCUACUGGCGGUGGCUGCCGUUCUGGUAGUUGCCGAAGCCGCCAGUAUUGACCAGAAAGCGACUGGAAACCUUCCAGUGUUGGUGUUCCGUAGGAAGCCGGAAAUGCCACUCCGGUCGGCUCAAGGUGGCAAAUUCCAGGACCGAUACUGUGCAGCAUUCCGGGUGGCCGAGAAAAGUUUUAUCACGUCAGCUCAUUGCCUAGCAACCGGUCAAAAGGAUAUGCCACCAACCGAUGUUCUCGAAUUUGAUGAUACUCAAACCGGCUUAAUCUAUGAUACCAUACAACAUCCGGAGUACAACCUGCAAGAUGGAAAAGGGGACGUGGCACUCUUCAGUUAUGAUGGUAGCGCGAUGGGCUACAACGCUGAUUUUCUAACCUUGACCUCAUCGGAAAUUCCCAAAGAGAUGUGUAGUGUGUAUGUGAUGGAUGAUUCUUUUAAAUGGAAAACAUUGACUCCAACGACUCAUUGCUCGAAGAAACCGACUAAGGACAAAGUGUGUUACAGGGUUGAUUCUCACAUUGACGGAGUGGAUUUUGCCGUUCUUUGCAACAGAGGAACUGUAGUUCAAGCCAUAUAUCACCAACGUUACGGUAACGAGAUUCACUUCUCAGAUUGUUUGAAAGCACGCUGCUGGGAAUUAAUUCAAUCUGCUAAACGACCCAAGAGACAAGAUACAACCACGCCUGCAACUGCAGCAGCACCGGGGGCUGAUGCGGCCGGGGGUGUAACUACACCAGCACCAGCAGAGGGUGCAGUUACACCUGCACCUGCAGGAGGUGCGGCUACACCAGCACCUGCAGCCACCGCUUCCGGGUCAAUUGACCCCGGCGCAGUUCCCCUUCCUCCACCCAAUCAGAUAUUCCCGAAUAUGCCACUUAAUUUCCCUUACCCUGAUCUACCACUAGCUACAGGGCCACCGCUUCCUACCAAACCGAACAGGCGAGUUUAUUACCAGAACCCUUAUCCCGGUUCACCUACGAGCUCCAUGCAGGAACCGGAAAUUCCGGAACUAGAUCCCAACGACCCUUCGGUACCUCCUCUGGUGAUAGUUCCUAAAGUACGAGCUGAAGGCACUUCAUACGUUGACUACGCAGUUGAAGGACCGACUUAUAAAACUCCUGCUGGAUAUGAGUUGAAACCUGGUCGAAAGCCCAGUGACGCACGUGAGUUUACAGUUGAACCCAGUGAUGAACUCACUACAGAUCCCAGCGCCCCAGUAUUGCCACCUGCUGAAGCAGUCUCCGAAGAACCAACAAAUACUCCGUUCCCCACCGCGCCAAUGGGAGAUUUUCCUGUCGACUCUGAACCAACGCCGGGUGAAAAUGAAAUAGCAUUACCUGCGGUACAACAACCGAUGGAGAAUAUUGCAAAUUAUGGGUACGCUCCUGAAGAUUGGCGUUUUCAAGUUACACGAAAACCUCACGCGAAAUGCCCCACCGUAGCUGGGCGUAAAACUUGUAAUGAAAACCAGCGUCCGCCUUAUCCAACCAUACCUAUACAGAUACCUUCGGGUCCUAGGCCUUAUUACACUGAACAGUACUCUCCUGGUGCUAAUGAAAUACCAGCUGCGCGGCAACCGUAUCCAGCAGUACCGAAUCGUUGUAGACAAUGCGCAGGCCAGCAGCAAUGCCGACAAUGUCCCAGACCGUAUGGAGGCCAGCUUCCUUCCUGGCCAGUGCCGAUGCCAGAUCGAGUAGCUCCAGGACAGAAACCUCCUGGUGAAUGGCCUCCUUCCGGGCCUGGAGCGUUUCCAGGACAGGGUGCAUCCUAUUCGGGUUCUGGCCAACCUGGACAAGUUGUGGAUCCUUGGGAAAUUGCAGCGCAGAAAGCUGAACAAGAGAGAGUACCCACUCGAGCAGCGAAGGGUCGCAGCCGCAAAAGACAGGAUGAGGAAGCAAGUAGUGGUCAAGGCCGCGGCAUCUCGAUGGGGACAAUGUUGUUUGUUUAUAUGGUUAGCAUUUUAUUCUAACAAGUUUUGAAGAAAAAUUUUCCCGUUCGAGUAUAAUAAAAUAUAGAAAACAUGA